AUGCGCAGUUCACAAGGAGGAAAAGCUUCAGUGGGUAUCAGCAGUUGAGAACUGUAAACACUAGCUUCCAAAGCUACUUCUCUCUCAGUCAUUGGGAUGGAAAUAUAAGGGUGACGUGAAUCAGAUAUUGUUCUUCAGUGCAUGGACACAAAGCCAAUGCGCAGGGCCACCAGCGCACGUCAGGACGCCACUGGAAUGGACAUCACCAGCCGCUGUACCCUGGGGGACCCCAACAAGCUGCCUGAAGGGGUCCCCCAGCCGGCACGCAUGCCUUACAUAUCGGACAAACACCCACGGCAGACGCUGGAAGUGAUCAAUCUGCUGAGGAAACACAGGGAGCUGUGCGACGUGGUGCUGGUGGUGGGCGCCAAGAAGAUUUACGCUCAUCGUGUGAUCCUCUCCGCCUGCAGCCCGUACUUUAGGGCGAUGUUUACUGGGGAGCUGGCAGAGAGCAGGCAGACUGAAGUGGUUAUCCGUGACAUUGAUGAGCGAGCCAUGGAGCUGCUCAUUGACUUUGCCUACACCUCACAGGUGACAGUGGAGGAGGGGAACGUCCAGACGCUGCUUCCUGCCGCCUGUCUUCUCCAGCUGGCUGAGAUCCAGGAGGCCUGCUGCGAGUUUCUAAAGAGACAGCUGGAUCCAUCCAACUGUCUGGGCAUCAGGGCCUUCGCCGACACCCACUCCUGUCGGGAACUGCUGCGAAUCGCAGACAAGUUCACACAGCAUAAUUUUCAGGAGGUAAUGGAAAGUGAGGAGUUCAUGCUGCUUCCUGCCAACCAGCUGAUUGACAUCAUCUCCAGCGAUGAGCUGAACGUGCGGAGCGAGGAGCAGGUUUUCAACGCCGUAAUGGCAUGGGUGAAAUACAGCAUCCAGGAACGCAGACCCCAGCUGCCCCAGGUUCUGCAGCAUGUGCGUUUGCCAUUAUUAAGCCCCAAGUUUCUGGUGGGGACCGUUGGUUCAGACCCCCUGAUCAAAAGUGAUGAAGAGUGCAGAGACCUGGUUGAUGAGGCCAAAAACUACCUUUUGCUUCCACAAGAACGGCCGCUGAUGCAGGGCCCCAGAACCCGCCCUCGGAAACCCAUUCGAUGCGGAGAAGUUCUUUUUGCAGUUGGCGGCUGGUGCAGCGGAGACGCCAUUUCCAGCGUGGAGCGCUACGACCCGCAGACUAACGAGUGGCGCAUGGUGGCCUCCAUGAGCAAACGGCGAUGUGGAGUCGGCGUCAGCGUCCUCGACGACUUGUUGUACGCGGUGGGCGGUCACGACGGCUCUUCGUAUCUCAACUCUGUGGAGAGAUACGAUCCUAAAACCAACCAGUGGAGCAGCGACGUCGCCCCCACCAGCACUUGUCGAACCAGCGUGGGUGUUGCUGUACUGGGUGGAUUCCUGUAUGCUGUCGGAGGACAGGAUGGAGUGUCUUGUCUCAACAUUGUUGAAAGGUAUGACCCAAAGGAAAACAAGUGGACUCGUGUGGCCUCAAUGAGCACCAGGCGGCUUGGUGUAGCUGUCGCUGUGCUGGGAGGAUUUCUUUAUGCUGUCGGAGGGUCUGAUGGGACAUCGCCUUUAAACACGGUGGAGCGCUAUAACCCUCAAGAAAACCGCUGGCACACGGUGUCUCCCAUGGGAACGAGACGGAAGCACCUCGGAUGCGCGGUCUACCAGGACAUGAUCUACUCUGUCGGGGGCAGGGACGACACCACGGAGCUGAGCAGCGCAGAGAGAUACAACCCCAGGACCAACCAGUGGUCGCCUGUUGUCGCUAUGACGUCCAGACGUAGCGGGGUGGGCUUGGCAGUCGUGAAUGGUCAGCUGAUGGCGGUAGGAGGCUUCGAUGGGACAACAUAUUUAAAAACUAUAGAAGUAUACGACCCGGACGCCAACACAUGGAGGUUGUACGGUGGAAUGAACUACCGCCGGCUAGGUGGAGGAGUGGGCGUCAUCAAAAUGACUCACUGUGAAUCUCACAUAUGGUAACGGCACCCCCCGCACCCCCUUCAUGCGUCGCUCGUCUCGCAUACUUUCACUUCUCAUGACGUCUCGAUGGAUCUUCAAGCAGCUCUCGUGCCUCUAAAAGAGACAAGGAUAAGAGAAACGUGGGAGUGGGCAUCUUGAGCUCUGGUUCAUCCCCGAUCGUCACUCAGAGGUCAUUAAGUUCAUCCUGGCUGUUUUUUAUUUUUUUAUUAUUAUUCCUCUGAUCAACCAUGCUCAUUGAAAACUGCAGAGGGAGCAAAGUUUACAGAACCUCACUAAGCUUCCAGUUCGGACGGAAGCGUAAGGAGUUUUCGUCGUCCAAGCCUCGCGGCCUGGAUUUGAAUCGGCAUGUGCGGCAGACUGAGGGCGCCACGCACGUCACUGCUACCGGAGGGACAUAAUCUGAUCUGCCAGUUUCAGAGGAGCAAGGAUGUCAGAAAGAACUGAUUCACUAGACGAAGUUUGUAAGAACCUCGGCCACCUAAAGUGACUUUUUUUUUUUUUUUUUUUUUUUUUUCAAAUCGGCAGCCACCAGAAUAUUGUCUUCAAGAGACAACGGUGCACACCGACCGUCAGGAACGAAUCUGUGCUUUGUCUCGGUCUGUUGUAGUUUUUAAACUUACAUCUCAGCUGUGGCUUCACAGCUUAUGCCACGUUUUUGCUGGGUUGAAACUUAAUACGAUAAAUUGUUACAGGCCUGUACAGUUGGAUGUAACAGGCAAGUCGAUGUAAAUGGGACUGUAACUGUUAACAUUUUUAGAGUCAAGUUAAAACGGUGUAGUUGGAGAAUGAAAAGAAACCAGGAUCAUCAAAUAGUGUCACUGUUUUGUUUUUUUUAAUUUUUUUUUUUUUUUAAGGUAAUUCCAGGGCUGAAUCUUAAAGG